CAUAGAUCGGUAUUGCGCGCGCAACUCUUGACACAUUCGUACAAUAAUUUACUUUUUUUUUCUUUUUAAUAAUACAGUGAAGUGCUUACAGUGACAGUUUAUCUUGUGCAAUUAACAUUGGUAUUUGGAUACUCGAUUACGAAUGAUUUGAUAACAUGUCGUUAUCCCACAGCCGCCAACAAUUCCUGGCAUACGAAACCCAUGGUGAUCCAAACAUUCAUUAUGGUCGAAAAGGCGGCAUAUUUAUUUCGACGUGCAUAUGCAUUAGUUUUGUAAUAUGUGCAGUAUUGGUAGCUGCACUUGUCGGAAUUAUAGUAUACUACAUCACUUAUUUUAAGAUUUCACAAAAUUCAGGAGAUUUCUGGGAUGAAACAGAACCUUUCGGUCAAAGCAAUGCCGUGGCAGCUGACUUGAGACUUCCAAAAUCAGUACAUCCCAGCUUUUAUAGAUUAAAGAUAAAGGCUGAUUUAGAAAAAUCUAAUUUCACUGGGGAUGUCUACAUAACAAUAAAAGCCAAUGAAAAAGUCAAAGAAAUUAUCUUGCACUCAAAGGGCCUUAUAAUUGACAAGAAUGCAACAUUGACUGAACAAAUAUAUGAGAAUGUACAAACAAUACAGUCAAGUAAAGUGAAACGGGAAGUUAAUGAAAGCACAACAGAAUCUACACCACAAAAUGUGACAAGUAAUGAUGUGACAGACUUUCCACUAAACAGCACUUUAGAACUAGAGCCUUCUACAAUAUCUCCUGUUAAUACUCAAGUAAUUCAUAGCAACGUAAGAAAUAUACAAAUAACAUCAAUAACUGAAAACUCAGGUGAUAGGCUCAUUUUGAAGUUAGCUUCCUCUCUUGUGCCGAACAUAGACUACACCCUAAAGCUGUCAUUUAAAGGAAAUAUAAGUGAUUCAUUAACUGGGUUUUACAAAAGCACCUAUAAAGAUUCCAAUAAUGAGAUACGACAAAUGGCUGUUACUCAAUUUGAACCGACCUCCGCCAGAGCUGCAUUCCCUUGCUUUGACGAACCUGCAUUUAAAGCUAAAUUUGAAAUCAGUAUUGCACAUCCACAGAACAUGUCUGUACUAUCCAACAUGAAAAUAUCUACGGAAGAACCAAUACCAGAUGAACCAAACUGGCAAUGGACACAUUUCGAAAGAUCAGUCGACAUGUCAACUUAUUUAGUUGCGUACGUGAUUUGCGACUUCAAAUAUCUGGAAACAAAUUAUACAGGAAAGGGUAAUGUAACGAAAAUCAUUAAAAUAUGGACUCGACCAGCUUUUAUAUCGAAGGCUAAAUAUGCUUUGAGUAUCACGCCUAAAUUGCUGGCCUUUUAUGAAGAUGUUUUUGGAGUACCGUAUGCACUGGAUAAGAUCGAUUUGAUCGCGAUACCUGACUUUUCCAGUGGUGCAAUGGAGAAUUGGGGAUUGGUUACAUUCAGAGAAACUACCCUCCUAUUUGACGAAGUAGAGGGAGUGCCGGGUGAAAAGCGUGGUGUGGCUAUCGAUGUAGCGCACGAGUUGGCUCACCAGUGGUUUGGAAACCUCGUUACUAUGCAGUGGUGGACCGAUCUGUGGCUUAAUGAGGGCUUUGCGACCUAUGUGGAGUAUAUUGGAGUUAAUCAUAUUGAACCAGAAUGGAACAUGUUUGUCACGUUAACUCGCGAAAAAAUGUCACUAUUACGUUCCGAUGCUUUAAAAAACACCUCCCCAGUGUCGCGCAAAGUUAUCGACGCAUCGGAAAUAUCGCAGAAGUUCGACGAAAUAUCAUACACAAAGGGAGCUAAUCUUAUAAGAAUGCUUAAUAAUACUAUUUCUGAAGAACUGUUUCUGAAGGGCUUGGCUAUAUAUUUGGACACUUGGAAAUACCGUAACGCCGAAGAGAACGACCUGUGGAAGGCAAUGUCUCAAGCGACUAGAAACACGGAUUCUCUUAAGGAUGUGUCCAUAGUGUCCUUCAUGAAUUCCUGGACAAGACAGGCCGGCUACCCACUGGUAAAUGUGAAACGGGAUUAUGCUACUGGAAACGUUGUUUUUGAACAGCAAUACUUCUGUAGUAGCCCUACUCCAUACAAAAACAUGGAGAAACAAAUAUGGCAGAUUCCCAUAAGCUACACUACCACUGAUAUUCCAAAUGAACAGUGGUCGUUAACACCUAAACUAUGGUUGAAGGAUCGAAGUGUCACUGAAAAACUUAAUUUGAAAAGUGAUCACGCUAUUUACGUGAAUGUGGGAGCGAUUGGCUAUUACAUGGUAAACUACGACCAAAAGAAUUGGGAACUUCUCAGUCAGGCACUCAAAAGUGGUGCCAUAGACGAUCCUUUAACGAAAGCCCAGCUAAUAGACGAUUCGUUUAAUUUGGCUAAAAUAAACCGCCUGGACUAUAGUUACGCACUCGGUUUAACCACCUGCGUAAUAAAUGGGGAGGAUUCGAAAAUAGUAUGGGAAAUGCUUAUAGAAAAUAUGUCAUUCUUGAAAAAUACCCUUAAGUCCACUUCGGGGUAUUUGUAUUUCCAGGACUACAUGAAGCUCUUAUUAGCGAAACAGUUGGAAAAACUGAAUUACGGUCUAACCAAGCCUGCAGAUGACAAUGAAGCGCUUCUAAUAGAGAACCUUGUAAUGUGGGAAUGUAUGAUGGAAGGUCCUAGAUGUUUGCACUGGGCUAAAGCCGAGUUUCGUAAGUGGAUGGCGCAAGAAGACGUUAAUAAUAAUACAAUACCUAGCUACCUCCGUUCACUAGUGUACAAUAUGGCCUUAAAAUAUGGUGGUCGAGAAGAGUUUGACUUCUUAUGGAAUAUAUUCCAAAAUUCCACCGAUCCUACCAUUAAGACCCUUAUCAUGAGUAACCUGCCCAGUACGAGAGAAGCAUCGCUUAUCACCUUCUUACUAGAAAAGAGUUUAGCCGACAUUCCCAAACAAUACGCGCUCCUAGCAUGGAAUACUGACGCUCCAGAAAGUACCAGACUAGCCCAGAACUUCCUUAUAGACAACUUCGAUAGAGUCUACCAAGUUUUCAAUGACAUGGACUCGUUUACGUUCCCGAAUAUAUUGAAUUUGUCCUUUGGGUUUAUAACGGAUACAGAUGAACUGGAUAAGUUGAAGAGAUUCGCACUACAACACAAAGAGAAGCUAUUGCCGAUGUCGCAAACAUUACAAAAGAUAGUAGACACCGCAAAUCUUAGAAUUGAUUGGAUCAAAAAAUAUUCCCUGGGAAUUAAUGAAUGGUUCAAGAAUUAUAUGCAAGAAUACACACACCAAAAUACAACAACGGUCGAACCAGAGUGGACACAGAAUAUAACGAUCAGUAUAUCAGACAGCAACACUACUGCCUCCAGUCGAUAGACAAACUUAGUCCAUAGAUAAUAUAUGAAUUUGUAAUGUACUCCAUAGAUAAUAAAUCUGUGAAGACUAUUGUCUAUGUAUUUAACAUUUGUGAUAUUUUUUACUCUAUGGAUAAUGUAUGUAAUGUAAAUAAAAGAUGAAAUCUUAUUUAUAAAUAAAGUUGUUUACGAUUAAAAAUUAAUAACUACAUUAUCUGUGGAGUAUGUCGUAAAUGUAUUUAAUUUAUAUAGUCUGUAAUAUAUUGAUUGGCUCCCCACCCUUAAUAUUAUAAGAUGUAUAAUUUAAGUAUAAAAGACAAAAUCGCCUCUUCGCGAUACCUACUUACCUAAAUACAUCUAAAAUCUAAUCAUUCUCAUGCUUUGAAUCUCUACACUUUAAAAUAGUUCAAUAUUAACUAUGGAUCAUCAUGUUAUUAAUCUUUUUCUUAUUUUUCUACAUAUUUUUUCACAUUCUCAGGUUAACUCUAUGUUAUAUGAAUGUGUAACAUAACCUGAUGAAUAAAUAGUGAUAUUAUAGAAUACAAAUCAAUAAAAUUUAUUUAUAAACUUUUUUCAACCAUACUCAUGAUAGAUCUUAUGUUUUUUGAUCUGUUGUGUAGCUGUGGUAAAGGUAUUUCUGAAAGUGUAAUGUAAAGGCCUAUUCAAACUACAGCGGUAUCUGCUACCGCCGUGGGUAGCGGUAUCCGGAUGGGCAUGCGAUUAAAUCUCUUACGUAGUAUAUUAUAGGGACUCUUAUCGCGUACCUAUCCGAGUACGGUAGCGAACAGAGGGCGGUAGUGGAUACCGCUGUAGUUUGAAUAGGCCUUAAAAUGAAGAACGCUAGUGUGCGGUCAUGUGUAUAAAGUAUUAUUCUUAAUAUUUAUUAUAUGAGUUACCUAAAGAUGAUUCAAUUAUGCUUUGUUGCAUUUAAACACAAAUAUGUUAGCCGUCCCAUAAACCAAAGUAAUGUUCAAAAACGUAGAUUAAAAGAGUAUUUAACAUUUAAGUAUAUUAUGUAGGAUUAAAUUGUAUUAAUUCAUAAUAAAUGAUUUUUAUAAGUAAUUCUUUUCUUGUUUUUGCAUAGGUACAUUUAUUUUUGCAGUCCAAUGGUUUAGGAACAAAACUAACUAUUUAUUCAAACAAAUAUUGUUCCGAAUACUUUUUAUGGAUUGCGUUAAAUUUUUCCUACAAAAUGCUAUUUAUUAUAAGAAGUACAACAUUGGACUAAAGCACUAAAAUCAAUUGAUUAAUGAAAAUAUUUUUUUUUAUGAUUUUAUAUGAUACCGAAUGCCGAUAAUUCGAUUACACGACUCGAAUUUAGUCAUAAAUUCUAUUCAUGUAUGAUAAUUAUAAUAUCGCCUAAGUUGAUAAAUGUGUUCUAAUAAAAAAUGAAACUACA